ACAUUGAUGUCCCUCAACCUGACAAGAAGCUGAUCAUGAUGUACCUGACGAGUAUGUACGACGGGUUAAAGAACUACACACCAACCAGAGACAGGAAAAACAAGAAAAUACAGCUUAAGAUGGAAGUAGACGCGUACAAGGCCUCGUACUCUGAAAUCAUCUUGUACAUAACACAAGUAGAGACGAUUGUCAUGUCGAAAAUUGACAACGAAAACAAGCUGGAAAAUCCUCUAGAGGAGCAUAAGAUUGCACAGGAUCUCACCAGGGACACAACCAGUCACGUGAGCGACGUUAAUGACGUCACCCUCAAAGGUCAGCGGCUUAUCGAGGAUGGAAAGAUCAGUAAAAUGGAGCAGCAGGAAAUCAAAACGCAAAUCGAAACUUUGGAGGUUCGAUGGGAGAAGCUGGUGAUGCUUGUGUCACGCUACAGUAAACGUUGCCAAACUGCUUUAGUGUCACAAAAAGAACAAGAAAUACAGUUUUACUUCAUCUGGAUACGAGAAAGUAAAUAUCAUAUCAGUAGAAAAGGAGAAUCUAGUAAACUAGAAGACAUAACGAAAGACUUCGCAGAAAUAGAGAACUUAAUAUCAGAGAUUGAAACGAAACAGCCCGAGUUUGACCGUGAGCUGAAUCAAGCGAAGGAACUUUGCGGCGACGAGACGAUCGACGGUGAUGUCAAAAGAAGUCUAGAAGAGGAAACAAUCAAACUUGAGAGACAGUGGCACCAGCUGAAAGAAGAAGUGUUAGGAAAACAAAUACAGCUACAGAGGUCAUUGGAAUCAUGGCCAUCAGAGGAAGCAGUGACCUUAGUCCAAGACGUGAACAACGUAGAGUCCGCGCCCCCAAUAACCAUGGAUGGAGCCCCUGCAGAACCCAUGACAUACCAAGUACAAGUUAGAAGAUUGAAUAUUAAUGUUAAGAGCCCAGCUGUCAGUCCGCGAAAUGAGGCGGAGCAGAAGAAGAAGAUGCAGACGUGGAAGAGAAAACACAAUGAAACACGAGGAGCCAUCAACGAGUGUGAAAUCAUCGUCAAGAAAAUGAAACGUGAACACGACGUACAGUUAUUUUACGAUCAAUACCAGGAGUGCAACCAGAAGAUACGAAAAGUUGACCCAAUGGUUGUAGACACAGUGGAUCACGGCCAGAACAUCCUGAGAGACGAAAACAUGGAAAAGGACUACAAAGCUGAAGUAGAGCGAGACCUGGAGGAUCUUGUGGGAGACUAUGAUGAUCUAUUGAGAGCUGUAGACGAAAAGAAGAGCGAGAUGGACGAGCAGAUAAAAGACGAAGGGUCCAGUAAAAGAAAAAUGCUACAGAACUGGAAAGUAACGAGGGACGAACUGAAGCCCAAAAUUUCCAGUUGCUUUAUAGUACUACGAAACCUUAAGGCAAAAGAGGUCCCGCUGGAUCGGGUUGAACUCAAGCUGCACGCCGAGAAGAUAGAGGCUUGCCACCAGCAAGUGACGUCACUCGAACCGGAAGUGGAUGAUGUGAUUGACACCGGACAUAUUUUAUUACAAAUUCAUCGACUGGAUGAGAAUGAGAGGAGACUGGUUACCAGUGAUAUACAUGAAAUCGAGGACCAGUAUAGGACUGUUAAAGAUGACAGUACAGAACUGAAAAUGUGGAUCGACAGCGCAAUGAAAGAGGAAGAUUCCAAGACAGAAGAACAAUUGACGGAAUGGAGGUCAAAGAGAGAUGAUUUAAGAUCCCAGAUAUCAAAAUACUACAUCGUGUUAAAGGGUUUGAAGAAGAAUGGUUCUCCUUCAGAACCCGUUCAGCUGACGCUCCGCGCAAAGAAAAUUGAGGUGUGCUACCAGGAAGUGACGUCACUUGACCCGGAAGUGGACCGUUUCGUGGAUCAAAGUAAUCAGCUGCUUAAAGGCGGGAAACUAGAGGAGAAAGAGAAGGACCUGGUGAUUAGAGAUAUGAAGGACCUAGACGAACAGUACGAAGACCUAAGAAGAGAGAGCACAGAAAUGAAGAACGAAGUUGAGGAAUUGUUGGAGAACCAAGAGAAAAAACAACAUGACCUUCUGAAGUGGAGAGAAUGGAAACAAGAGAUCAAUAACAGGCUAGAUGACGUGCAGAACACUGUAGAAAAGAUCCAGUCCAGUAGCUCUUCAAAAAACUUGCAAACUGUAGAAGAGAGCCUUAUGCUAUCCGAGGAAUGUAACAAACGAGUAAAGAAGCUGGAACCAGAUGUUAAUUCUGCACUGGACUUCGCACAGCAGUUAAAGAAUGAAUGUCCGUUAUCUGAAGAAGAGAGAAGAGAGAUUGAGGAUGAUGUGGAUGAUAUACAGAUACGAUACGACAAGCUGAAAGAGGAUUCAAGCGAUCAACAUGAAUGGCUAGUUGUCUACCUCCAGGAACAAGAAACAGCUAAAAAGGACGAGCUGGAAAAAUGGCGGGAAACAAAGCAAAAUACUACUGAUUUGAUUGACAGAUGUCGAUCAAAGCUCGAUACAGUUAACACUGAUCCUGAUGUAUCACGUGACAUCGCCAAACAGAAUGAGAUAAUUAAGAAAUGCCAAGAAGACUUGCCCUCGAUUUUUGAGGAAGUUCAAUCAAGUCUAAAGCAAGCCAACUUACCCCUUGCUGAUGAUUUGCUGAGUAAAGAUGAUAAAGAUGAAGUACAGGCUGAUGCCGAAGUGAUAAGUAACAAGUUGAGAUCUUUACAGAGUCACAUCGAGAACCAAAAGACACGGCUUGACGAAUUGCUCAAGCAAAAGCGAUCAGAAGAAAAAGCAGCCAUGAAAGCGGAGAAGCUUGCAAAAUGGUCUCAGAUCAAGACGAAACUGCAAUCAUUCCUCGAUGACUUUCAGUUGAAGUUGAAAGACCUGAAGUCUUCAGAGGUGCCAAAAAAUAUUUCGGAGAUUGAAGAAAGAAUUAACCGAACAGCGGGAUUAUCUGAAGAGAUCCUGGCCGUGGUCCCUGAUAUUCAGUCUGGUUACGUUUACGGUAACGAGCUUUUGAAUGACAAUGAGAUAGAUGAACCGGAGAAGGACCGAAUAGAGAACGAGAUGGAGGUGAUGGGAGAUGGCUUCAAGGAACUUAGAAACGAUGUCAAUGACGAGCACAAGAGGUUAUCAGACUUGCUAGAAGAGAAGCGCAAAAUACUAGGAGGAAAAUAUGAGAUGUGGGUAGAACAGAAAGAAAAGUUAAUCGGUUUGCUAGACAACGCAAAAGAAGUAGUCAAGGAAAUGAAGUCGAAGCAAAGACCAAUAACUGCUGAAGAAAUACAUGAACAGUUGGAUGAAAGUGAGGAGGUGUUUCAAGAAAUGGCUCAAUUUCUUCCUCACGUGAAGGAAGGCCUGUCGUUUGGUAACCAGCUCCUUGAAGAUGAUGAUCUUAGCGAACAACACAAAGACAUCAUUGAGGAUGACAUAGAGAACUUGCAAAUUGGGUUUGGUGGAGUGAAGAAAGAAUUUGAAGACCAUCAGGAAUGGCUGAAGUCCUUGAGGGCAGAAGUGGAUGAAGUUACGCCGAUGCAACAGCAAGUCUCAGAAAGUGCAGUUGAUUUUGACUUAAGAGAUCGAGACAUGCCAGAUGAACACGACACACAAGUCUCUUCCACGACCGUACACAUGAAGCACCAACCCGGAGAACACUUGUUUGUUAUCAGACAAAAUGUAACCGCUGAUCAGUACUUACAGCUGUUGCAUGAUGAUAUGACACCCGAAGAAAAAUUUGAAGUCGAGAAACAAGAGAAGCUUCGACACUGGCGCGACUUAAAAGAAAGAAUAGAUGAGCUUCUGAAAAGACUUAUGGAAAAAUUGAACAGAAUCAAAGCUGCUGAUCCAAUAUCCCUGAAAGACCUCAUAGAACAGCAGGAAGACGCCAAGGAAUGCAAAGAGGAAGUCGAGGGUUCUGAGCCGAUGAUUCGUGAAUCCAUACGAUUGGGUAAUGACCUUAUCGACGAUGAUGACGUGGACGAGGCCGAGAGGGAAAGGAUCCGAGGUUAUAUCGCUACGCUGGAGAUCAAACUGAGAAACAUCCACCAACAGGCGAACGAUGAGGAAAAAAGGAUUGAAGAACUUUUGGAAAAACGUCAUCCAAGAAAAUUAGUCAAAGAAGAUGAUGUUGUGGAAGAAGAGCCAAUCGGACAGCAGUUCCAGGARCGAGAGCCAGACUGGGACGGUCUGUCAAAACUAGAUGACCAACUCGUAAAUGUGCCACCAUCUCCACUCAGACUCAACUCAGUUGACCAAACCGUUAACCUAAAGUUUUUCGAGAAAGGUACAGAUGAAUACAUCAUGAAUCUAGAGGACGAAAGAACUCCAGAAGAAAGACGACAAGCGUACAAUGAACACAAACUUGAUCGUUGGCGGGAAUGUGAAGAGAAGUUGGAAGAAUUUCUCCAGGAUCUAAAAGAGAGACUUGAGAGAGUGUCGGUGAAGCCAAGAGACAAAGAUGACAUCAAGAAGAAACUAAGAGAUGCUAAGGAAUGCAGGGAAAACAUUGAAGAACAAGAAGACGAGAUCGUUCGGUGUCUUGAUGUUUCCAACGACAUUCUCCAUGACGACAACAUCGACGAGAAGGAUAAAGAUGAGAUCAAGGCUUACAUUAGUGAGUUAGAGAUCCAACUGAAGAUAUUACACAGGCAGGCUGUGCACGAUGAACACAGACUUGAUAAUAUGCUGAAAGACAUACCAAGUGACCAAGGAAGCGGAGACUUCGUCGACGAAGAGUCCAUUGGCGUCCAUUACCGAGAGAGACCGGUUCUGGACAUAGAGUUCCCGGAUGAGGACAUGGAAAAGGAAGACGCUAUUAUACAUGCUAUGUUCGAGAGAAGCGAAUUUCCAGAAGACAUUUUCUCUACACUACACGAAGACAUGACACCUGAGGAAAGAAAAAUCGCUGAAGAAGAGAAGAAGCUUGAAAAGUGGAGAAACUGGCAGCAGCAAUUAGACAGUUUAGUUGAUCGUCUCAGCCAUCGUCUUAAUCGAGUAAAGUCAGGCAUGAAACCAAAAGACAGAAAGAGCUUGCACGAGCGGAAAGAUGAAGCACAGGAUUGUAAAGAAGAGAUCGAAGAAUCUGAGCCGAUGAUCAGAGAUGCUUUAGAUCACGCUGACGACCUCCUAGAUGAUCAACAUCUGGAUGAAAACGAGAAAGUGGAGAUAAGAGAAUAUAUCUCGUACAUGAGGACCAGGCUAAGAGAGCUCCACAAAGAUGCCUAUGAAGAGGAAGAAAGACUCCACGAGUUAUUGAUCGAAUCACACCCCAGCAAGUUUGAAAUACAAGAAUUCUUAGUCGAGGAGGAACCCGUCGAACAACAGUUCCACGCAAGAGAGGGAAUAGAUUUCCGAUUCGAAGAUGAUCAUAAUCACCAUGAACACAUUCAUCCACAUUUUUACAAGAGAGCCAAGGUGGAUAUCAAGUUUGAGGACGACGAAGACCAUGGAUUAGAGAGUUCCCACGAGGAGUUAAAGAAGAAAGAACCAACACACGAGGUCUUUACGCUGCUCUUCGAUGAUUUAUCUCCAGCAGAAAGAAAAGAGGCCGAAAAAGAAGAGAAAGUUGGUCGUUGGAGAGACUGGAAAGACAAGCUUGAUGAUCUUGUCAAUAGAUUGAAAAGUGUCGAAAGAGCCAACUCAUUAUUAUGUUCUGCGACUGCACGAAGACAUGACUCYAGAGGAAAGGCGCGAAGCUGAACAAGAAGAAAAACUAGAAGACUGGAGGAAAUGGCAAGACAAGCUGGACGGUUCCGUUGACAGAGUUAAAAGAAAACUCGACGAAAUAACAGAACAAGACACUCCUAAAGACAAAAAUGCCAUACGUGAACUGAGAGAUGACGCUACUGAAUGCAAAGAAGAAGUUGAAGAUUGUAGACCUCGUAUCACUCAAGCAGUUGAUUGCGCUAACGAACUCUUAGAAGACCAGGAGUUGGAUGACAACGAGAAGCAGAAAAUAAGACAAUAUAUUUCUGAUCUUGAGGUCAAUCUUCGUGAUGUGUAUUCCAGAGCGUGUGAAGAAGAAGAUAGACUUGACGAUUUAUUACAAGGAACACCACAUCAAGAGAAGACCAGAUACUCGAGGCCCAUUGCCCAAGAAGAGGCUAUCGAUCCUCACCACCGAGAGAGGCCUGGAGUUGACUUUAGCUUUGAUGAAGAAACCAGCGAUGAGCAUCCUGGGGAAUUCGUACAUUCAAUGUUCGUGGUCAGACAGCCAAUACAUCACUAUAUAUGGACAAUGGAAGAUGACUUGGAAGAUGGAGAAAGGCGCGAGGCCAAGAAAGAAGAAAAGCUUGAUCGAUGGAGGAACUGGAAGGACAAAUUAGAUGACAUGUUACGUCAUCUUCAAAGAAAACUGCAACGUGUACAGUCUACCCCAAAGAAUAGAAGCGAUAUACAAGAACAACAAGACGAGGCUAAGGAUAUCAAGGAAGAUAUUGAGGAGUCGCAGCCUUACGUCAGGAAGUCCCUGGUCUGUGCUAACGAGCUGCUUAAAGACGACGAUUUGAAUCAAGAAGAAAAAGAAAAGAUCAGAAAAUACAUCACAGAACUAGAGAUUCAGCUGAAAACUCUCUACAAGAAAGCCAACGAAGAACAAAAUCAGCUUGGAGAUCUUUUGGGUCGAUCGCCUCAUUCACAACAAAAGCCGGAAGAAAACAAAGUCGACGAAGAGCUUAUCAGUGAACAGUUCUCAGAGAGAGACGACUGGGAUUUGAUAUUCCACGAAGGAUAUGGCGAAAAAGAAAGGACGCCAGACAAAGAUACGACUGAAAACCUCAAAAUGCAAAGAUGGUUUGAAUAUCGUAACAGACUAAACGGCAUUUUAGACGAGGGUAAACAAGACUUGGAUGAGGUCAUAUCAGAGAAAACUCCAAAGACACAGGAAGAGAUCGACGAUCAGCUUGACAGAACAGAGGAAUUCAUGGACAGACUCGCUGAAGUCAUCCCAUUAAUUCAAGAGAGUUUUGAAUAUGGUAAUGAGCUUCUCGAUGAUGAAGAUCUCGCCGAGGAAGACAAGGACAUCGUAGAGAAAGAUAUGGAAAAUAUUGGUGCUGGUCUGAAGGACGCUAAGGCAGACGUCGACCAACACUAUCAGCGGCUGAAGGAACUAAAAGACCAGGAGGCCACAACAGAAGAUUUGAUUUCCAUAGAGCCUGUUGAAGUGGUUCAUGCUGAACCUUUCGAAGAUGACGCAGAUCGUUUAAGAAAAGAGGCUGAGAAAGAGAAAAAAAUGUCACGCUGGAGAAGCUGGAGAGAGAAACUUGAGGAACUUCUGAAUAGGCUAAAAAACAAGCUUGACCGAGUCAAUACGAGAGAUACCAUCAAUAGCAGGAAGGCACUUAAAGAACAGAUUCAUGAUGCCAAGGCUUGCAAACAAGAGCUUGAUAAGCCAAAGGAGGAAGUCCAAGAAGCUCUUGCCUAUGCUGAAGAGCUGACCAAUGAUAAUGAACUUAGUGAAAUGGAAAGAAUGGAAAUCAAAAAACACAUUUCUGAAUUCAACAUUCAACUGAAGACUCUACAGAAACAAGCAGACGACGCGAAUAUCCGACUGGAGUUGGAGCUCGAUCAGAUGGAUGCCGAGAAAUCCGACAAAUUUGCCAAAUGGAGAAAAUGGCGGGAAAAAGUUCGAGCCUUGUUGGACGACCUUCAGGGAAAGCUCUCCAAGGUUAAGAACACUAGGACCCCGAAAAAUCGCAAAGUUAUCGAAGAAAAUAUAGCAACAAUAAAGGAAUGUGAAGAAAGUCUCCAGUCGUCUGCCCCUGAGAUGCAGUUUGCUCUGGACUAUGGGCGACAGCUUGCAGAUGAUGACAUCUUAAGCGACAAUGAACAGAAAACAGUCAAACAAGAAACACAGAAACUCGACAAAGAGCUGAAUGAACUCAAAGUCGGCGUUGAAGAACAGAAAACAAGAAUGUUCCAUGCUGCUGAACAGUUUGAUUCACAAAGAAUAAACAAGCUUGAGAAAUGGAACGUAAAGAAGCGAACAUCUCGACUGUUACUCGAUAGGAUUCGAACUAAAGUCGGCGCCCUGAAGUUCAAGCUCAAACCAAGGAAUAAAAAUGAGAUUGAUAACCGAAUGGAUGAGCUUCAGGAUUGUGAGGAAGAACUCGAAGCUGUGGAGGUUGAAGUCGCUUCGUGCAUCAACAGUGGCCACGCGUUGUUAAGUGAGAAUAAUUUAGAUAAAGACAGUUCGGAUACCGUUAGAGAUGAUGUGGACCAACUUCAAGAGGAUCUGUCCAAACUGAAAACUGAAAUAGAUAACCAAAAAGGGAUGCUGAAUAAACUUUCAGAAGAAGAAGAUGAAAUCAAGAAGGAAAAGACUGCAAAAUACCGCGACUGGAGGAAAGAAAUCCAAGAUCUUAUUGACAGCUUAAAAGAUAAAUUGAAGCGCUUGAGGGCAACCGAGAAAAAGGACCCCAAAGACAAGGACGAGAAGAAAGAAUGCACUGACUUAGCAAAGACUUGAGAGCAUGUACGAACAGCAGCCAUCAAGUGAGAACGACCAUCCCUUAAUGGAAGAAUGGCGGGAAAGAGUUAGGAAGGUUAACUUAGGACUGGAAGUAGCUGAAGAUAGACUUGAUCAACCCAGUGAACUGAAAAACAGAAACGAGAUCAAGGAACGCCUGGAAGAUAUCAAGGAGCUGAACAUUGGCUUUGCGGAAUCAGAACCACAGUUCUUAGAAACCGUCGAUCUUGGCAAAGACUUGCUGGCAAAAGAUGAUGUACCGGAUGAAAACAAAAUGGAGAUCAAAGAAGAUCUGGUGUUGAUGACAAAAAGAUGGGGCGCCUUCAAAACCAAAGGAGAAGACGAAGAGGACAGGCUCCAUGAGCUACUCAUUGCCACCUCAGAAUUUGAUGACUUGGUGACCUGGCACGAGCGCUGUGACGACAUGCAGGCCUGGAUAGACGACACCUUGUCUCUGUUAGAAACUCGUCCCGUGUCUCUAUCGGCUUCAUUUGGACACAUGAAAAGACAACAGAGUGUGACAGAGGACGUGUUACAAGACUUGGUACAGAAACAAGUCGAAGUCAAUACGAUCAUCGAUGAAGGCAACCAGCUAUUGGACGAUCCUUCGUGUGGAACUGACGAGAGAAAAGACAUACACGAUAAGAUGAUGAAGCUGCAUGGGGACUGGAACAGACUGUCCAUAUCACUGACUGGGAGACAGGAGAGCAUUCAAGAUGCUCUUGUCCAGCUCGAACAACAACACAAAGACAUGGCAACAACAUGGAGGAAGAAGUAUGGUCCGUUAAGGAAGUGGAUCAGCCAGGCACAGUCCAGACUGAAUGGGGAGGAGUUUUCUAUUGCACCUGAUCUUGACUCGGUCAAGAAACAACGCAAGGACAUCGAGAAAUUCCAAGCCGAAAAGUCAUCCCACACGUCAGAAGUGAACGAAGCACUACAAACGGCUGAGUCCGUACUGAAAGGACCACAAGUGGACGAGGAGCAAAAGACUGUGAUACAAGGUGAAAUGCAGGAGCUACAGCAUGGAUGGGAAGAACUCGACGAAUCCUUGACAUGGAAACAAAACAGAAUUGAGGAUACGAUCAGAAAGCUUGAAAAUCAACGGGAAGACAAACUUCGUAAAUGGCAAGAAGGAUUACAGCAAGUGAACACGUGGAUCACCAAGACAUCCGAAAACAUCAAACCAGAACCAAAACUAGCAAACGAUGUAGACUCGGCUUACGACCAGAUCGAUAAUCUACAGGAUUUUGUUCGUGACGCGCCGAUCUAUCAAGACAAGGUGACAAACCUAAACGAGUUCAGCAGUAACUUACUAGCAGAUCCCUGCUUGGGUGAAGACGAAAGGCUUCGAGUACGAAACGAAAUGGCCGACUGCAACAAACGGUGGAAUGAAUUUGUGAACCUGGCUAAUGCCAGACAAUCCAGGCUCGAGCAUAACCUCGGAAAGCUAGAAAAAGAUCAAGACGAUGAUUUUAACCGCUGGACAAUUCGUUCGGGCCGAGCCUCUGAACUCCUCGAUAAAUUUGAAAGCAAGAUGCCUACAGUUGAUGAACCACUGGCCACACAGCUUGAAGACGUAGAAAAGCAAGAGCGAGAAUUUGAUGUUUUCGCCAACCAAGUAGACUUGAAUGAAACACAAAUGGGCGAGACGUUUUCUUUAGGACAAGACAUCAUCAGUGACAGUAAAUACUCUAAAUCCAGGAGAGACGGCGUACAGGGACAGCUAAACCUGUUAACCUCAAGAUGGGACAGAAUCAAAGACUUUGUGGAUCUGAGGAAAGGAAGAUUGGCACAGACUGCGAAACGUCUACGUGAAAGUCGUCGAAAGAAGCUGGAGGACUGGGAAUACAGGUCCGGCGAGUUUGAUAUAUUUCUAACGAACUGUGAACGAGAUAUUCGCUCGCCUGACACCAUUAACGGUGACUUGACAAGCGUUAAAAAACAGAUGGAAGACUUCAAGAUUGCAAUGUCAAAGGUUCGUAGCCAGAAACGCAAAGUGUUUGAAUACGGGCAGUAUACCGAUGAGGUCAUCGCCGACCCGAUCAUGGACAACGUGUCACGUGACCAUAUCAAGAUUGAAAAGGAGGCACGCAUUGAUCGAUGGGGUCACAUCGAAGACAUGAUGAACAACCAACAAGCAAGACUGAAAGAAAAGUUACAAGAAUUACAGAAGGGUCAAGCUGAGAUGGAUGGAUGGAACACACAGCUCGUCAAUGUACAAACGAAGAUAAAAAACCUUGAAGAAUUGAGCUCCGAACCAAUAGGAAAAGACCCUGAUGCCAUAGAAAAACAGAAACGACAAAUGAAGAAAGCUAACCAAGAGAAAGAUUCCCUUGACUCACAAGUAUCUGACUUCCUGACGUACUCCGAAGACCUGAUGGAUAAACCAGGCAUCAGCACUGAAGAUCGACGCCACAUCGAUAGACAGUGCGACGUGCUGGAACUAAGAUGGCAUAAAGCAAAGGGAGAACUUGAACGCAGAGACAAAAGCUUGGAAGAGAAACAAGAAGGACUAAACAAGAGACAAAAGGCUCUUUUCUCUGAGUGGCAGACACGAAAGACCGAAGUAUCUGUGUGGAUUGCUGAUAUGGAACAACGAAUCAAAUCCCUGGACACGGUAGCACCAGAUGUGGAUAAAACAAGGAAUCAGUACCAAGAACUGAAGGAUAUCCAAAGAGAAGUCACCGUCUACGAGAAAGAAGUUCGCCGACUGGAAGAUCUUGCUGAAACAAUGAUAGAAGACCCGGGCAUUCACGCUAACGAGAAGGGACUGGUGACUAGUGAGAAACUGUCAAUCAGAGAACACUGGGAGUCACUCAACACCAAGGCCCACAACGUACAACGAAAGCUGGAUGACAGAGUGCGAGUACUUGAGAAUGAACAGAAUAGAAAACUACAAGAAUGGAGACAAAAAAGCGCUCCUUUGGACGACUGGAUAAAUGACGCCGAGACGAAAGUUGAGUCUUACGACCCUAUAGCUUACGACGUCAAGAAUGUACAGCAGCAAAACAAAGAAAACGAGCUGAUGUUAAAAAGUCUUCACAAAAAGCAACCAAAGUUUGACGAAGUCAUCGAUUUUGGUAACGUCCUGCUGAAGGGUACACACAUUGCACGAGAUGAUCGCAACAAGAUACAAGAUGAUAUGGAGUCUUUACAAGAACGUUGGGAAAAUGUUGACGAUAUCGUUGCUAAGCGACAUGACGACAUCCAAGUCCGGCUGAAAGAACUCGAAGAAGAAGAGAAGGAAAGAAAGAAGAAAGACGAAUUCGAAAGAAAACGACGAGAGGAGGAGAGAAGACAAAAAGAAAUCGAAAAACAGAAGGCAGAAGAAGAAGAAAGAAAGAAACGAGAAGAAGAAGAAAGAGAACGACUAGAAGAAGAAAGAAGGAGGAAAGAGUACGAGGAAAGAAUAAGAAAAGAAGAGCUCAAGCGACAAAGAUUAGAGGAAGAAAUAAGAAAAAGAGAAGAGGAGGAUGAAAGAAAACGAAGAGAAGAGGAAGAAAGACGAAGAGAAGAAGACGAAAGACGAAAAGAAGAAGAACGAAAGAGAAAGGAAGAAGAAGCUAACAAGUACAUCCAAAUGACUUACGAACCUCGAAUCUCGAUACCCUUUGAACAAGAAGUCAUGCUUCAAAGCGAGCCACAACUCGAGUCCUCACCAGACCAAUGGCAAGAUUCCUUUGCUGAAGCAGAAGCAGAAAGUCGAGAGAGACUGGGUCUAUGGAGAGAUGACGCCGACUCAGUGCGUCGAUGGAUAAAACAACGAGAGCCGACGCUAGAUGACGAGAGUGAUAAUGAGGAUCUUGUUGGUUUAAAAGAACAAAGAAAAGGACUUACGAAACUGGAAAACGAGUUAGUCGAGUAUCAACCUACCUAUGAUGACAUCAGCAGGAGAUCCGAGUUGCUGGCCGAAGACCAGUUCCUGAGCGAUGAGGACAAGCAAGCUCUGAAUGAAGAUAUGGAGGACGUCAAAACACGAUGGGACAACRUGGCCAACGUUAAAGAACAGAAAAUGAAAAGGGUGGAAAACAGAAUUAGUCAAAAGGAAAAGAGAAAACUAAACGAUUUGAUUGACUGUCGAGCUGAUAUCAAGAACCUGAAUGACUGGAUUACUAACAAGAAUAACCAGUUUGACAGGUUAAGCCCAGUAGCCGAUGACUUACCAACCCUCUUGAAACAACGAGACGAACUCAAGGAUUUCUCAAAAGAUAUCGCAGAUCACGACCCUAAAUUCACCGAAUGCAUCCAAUCAGCUCACAAGCUAUCCAAAGACCCCGCCCUGUCGAAGGACGAAAGUGACGUCAUCCAAAAAGAUGCUGAAAAAUGCGAAGAAAGAUGGGAUGGGCUCAACGAGAAAGUACGACAACGUGUAGAAAGUAUUGUCGAACAAUUGCCUCCACUGCAAAGGAAGCAAAAGGAACUUCUUGGCGACUGGGACGACAAGCUCGACAGGUUUAAAAAAUCCAUAAAGAAAUCCUACAAUAACCUCGAUGAACAGCGAGCGAAGUGGCCCUUGAAGGAGGAUAAGCUUGUUUCGUCGGUUGACUUGACAGACGAAUUGAUUGAAAGAGUUGAUCAAAACGAAACUGUUGAAUGGAGACCAACUGUAGAUACGUCCAAUGAACAACUUGCUAAAAUACGCGUUAAGUUACAGAGGAUCCAGCGAGACAAGAAGAACCGCAAAUGGUCUUUCAUCGAAGCGAUCAAAGGAGUAUUUGGCUUUGGGCGCAAACCAAAGAAAACAGGCAUAAAUCUUGACAGCCUGAUUAUCCAAUUUGAAGAACACGAGGAUCUAAUGCAAGAGGUGUCGUCACUUCAACGACCAGCCAAUGAGAUCGUUGAUUCUUGUAACACAAUCACCGCCAGUCGUGACGUAGAAGAGCAGAACAUCAUGAAGGUGGAUGGAGAGAUGCGCGCUGUGAAUGCGCAGUGGAAUACACUGAACUUUAAAGUUAUUGAAAGGGAAAAUAGGCUUGAACUGCUGGCAAAGGAGAUCGAAGAUGAGUACCAGGAAUUUGACGCUUGGAGAGAGAAUUGUGAGACUAUGAACCAGUUCCUUAAAGAAUGCGAGCGGCUACAGAAGGACGAGGAGAAGAUUGGUACCGAUGUGGAGACGCUGCAAGCGCAAAUUAAAGACUGUCAGGAAUUCAAAAAAGAAGUAGAUGAAUACACACCUCAAGCUGAUAAGGCGUUCGAGAAGAGUCAAAACCUGAUAGACAGUGGUAGACUGGACAAAGCUGAUAUGGAUGGAGUAGAAAAGACUAGAGAUGUGUUGCAGAAUCGAUGGAAAGGCAUCAAUGAACGUAUGAAAACUAGACAGGACAAUUUGGAUGCAGCUCUCCUUGAGCAUCUAAAGAAGGAUUCAGAUAGUCGCCUGUGGAAGUGGAGAGAUGAUUCGCUGAAACUCGAACACACUCUAACUGAUGCGCACCGGAAGAUCAACAGUGAUGUGGACGAGACGGAUUUUGUUGCCAUCAACGAGAGCGCGGAACAGCUGCAGUCACUCGAAAGCGCAGUAGACGAUGUCUUUAACGAGCACAUGUCGAACAUUUCCGACUCUGGCAAGGAUCUGGUCGGACAGAAAACCCUUGACUCUCACGAAGAAGGCGAAGUUCACCAUGCGUUAGACUCACUCAAUAAACGCCUUGGUGACAUCGAGAAAUCUGCUCAAGAAAAGAAAACAAAGAUCAAAAAUGCAUCUAGUAAAUACUUCCAUCGUUCCCUGUCGAAUAUGUCUUUUAAUGCCAAUGAAAUAGAGGAGAAAAUGGAAAUGGAAUUUAGUGAUGUUGGUGCUGAUGUCGGAGAAGUGCAGAAACAAUUAGCUAAUCUACAGUCAUUAGAAGAUCAAAUGACCGAACAAGACAAAAAACUUGAAGAACUGAAGAUCCAGCUGCAGGACAGCAAGACGAAAGGACUGCUUCACGACGACGACGAACAACAGAUCCUUGACAAGAUCAGUAAACUAGAAAUAACCAUGGACAGAGUAAACACUGCUCAUGAUGAAAACAAGAAAAGGUUGACGCAGACCUUGAUCGUCCUGCACGAAGAGUUGAUGGAAGAGAUUCACGAUUGGUUGAACGAUACAGAGAAACAAGUAGAUUCGAUUCAAGCUAAUCAGGAUGAUAUCGCGUCGUUAAGAGAAGAACACACUAACCAUAGCGAAUUAAAGGAAGAGAUCGCAUCGUUCGAGCCAACCUUCAACAGAGCCAUUUCCCUCAGCAGAAAACUACUCAACGAUCAAAUAGUCGAUUCUGAACGAGCACAAAGCUACGAAAACGAGACAAAAAACCUAAAUGAGAGAAUGGAAGUCGUCAACCUGAAAACCAUGGACAAUGGGACAAAACUGUCCAACGGGUUUGCUAUGUACUUGACAACCCGUCUCGACGAUGCUGAAGUGUCACUCACGCGCGCGGAGUCCAAACUUACACCGGAUGACAAAGGCUACGUGGAUUUGGAGUCUGCGAAGAAACAGUUGGAUACCAGCAAGGCGUCAUUGGGUGAAAUUACGGCAGUCACGAAAGAAGUAGACGACAUUGUUGAAGAAGCUAAUGCUUUAGUUGAUGAUGGAUACUUCAAGAAACACGAACAGGAACACUUUAGAACAAGAAUCGAGAAGAUUGCGUCCAGAAACAAAGAAUUGGGUGAACAGGCGAAUAAAGAAUAUAAGAGACAAUUCGACACGUACAUUGUUCUUCUGAGACAACAUCUUGGUAAAAUGGACAUAUGGUUAAACAAAGCCGAAGCUCGAAGAAAAGCCACAGGUGAAAUCCAAUCAGGCUACGACAGGGUUAAGAAACAACUAGAAGAACAUCAAAAAUUCCAAGACGAGAUUAGAGAACAUUCGAUGGUAACCCUCAUCCUAGAACUUGAUAUCACCGACCCUGCUGUCAACGAGAGCGUACAGACACAAAUCAAAAUACUAAGCGAACGAUGGGCUUCGUUAUGGCGAUGGUCAGAAGAAAGAAGAACUCUUAUGUUGAAGUUAAUGAAUAACUGGCAGAAGUUCCGAGAUGAGCAGCUUGUGUUGUUGAACUGGUUGUCAUCGAAGGAAAAAGUGUUGAAGGAAAUGGGAGUCACGGAUCUGUCAAACGAGGAAGAAGUCACACAACAGCUGGAAGUGCUCAAGAAAAUGGAGAAACAGUUAGACGAACAAGGACUGCGAUUACAGAACCUACACAAGGCGGGUGACGAACUGCUGAAGGAUGUAGAUGAACAUGACCAGGCCAGUAAGGACAUCAAGGAUCAGCUAAACGAGUUUGAUGAAUGUUGGAAUAGCAUCGCUAAACAAGUCAUAGACCGAGUACAAUCGCUCGAAACUUCCCAAAACAAAUUAAGAGAGUUUCGUCUCGAGAUGGUUGUAGUGAAUGAAUGGAUGGAAGAGACAGAGCAGAUAAUCAGUGGCUUCCACAUCGAUAUGGACCCCGAAGAAGCCACAAGAUUACAGGGAAAACUAGACAUAAAAUGUGAUGAAAGGUCCAAAUAUCAAACAAGAGUGGACCGAAUCAACAGACACGGCAAAGAUCUUCAGGGUACCGUAGACCAGCCGUCAUACGAAGUGAUUAACGAUGAACUAGAACCAUUCAACAAACGAUGGACCAAAGUAUCUGAACAAAUAGAAAACCUCAGCGACAAAGGCUACCCAACACCAGAAAACGAGUGUUGCUUUAUUAGAAUCCUUAGACGAAAACUAGGAAUAUGUCAUUGAUGACGUCAUUAUAUAACGUCACUAUUACCAUGGUGAUCAAAGCACUCGCAUAGCGUAACUAAGUCUGUGACAUUUUCUGGCAAGUUUUGAUAAGAAUAUGUUGAAAAAGAAAUGAUAAAAUUCAAAAGUUGAACUUACGUAAAAAUGGAAAUUAUAUAAAGUAACACCCUUAUCUUGCGUGACAUCUCGUGGGUAACACUUCUUUUAAAGCGAGACACAAAUUGUGUAAUUAUUCACGCACUGUGUUAACUAAUUAGCUUAAACGAAAAUUGCGUACGCUAUUGCUUAAAAUACGCCAGUUUCUCACAUCAAAUUGGACACAAAUUAAUAUCAUAAAAAAAACGCACAAACAUCAUAGUAAGCUGCAUUAUAUUUAUUAGUUAUUAAACAUACUACUGUCUUGUUCAUGUAUUUUCAAGAACUACGUCGAGAGCGCUCUCUAAAGAAUCAAUAUUUGUUAAUAAAAUUUGCAUUCAAAACGAA